UACGUAGUAAACUUACGGUGAGGAUCUUGAUUCGUUUGGUUGAGCCCGAACGAACUCCUCAUGAACUCUUCUGUGAUGGGAUAUUCAUGUCUAUCAUCAUCGUCAGCCUAUUCCAACCCCUCCAAAUUCCCAACCCUUCGCAUCUUCCAUGGACCAAACUUCUCAUCGUCCUCCUCUCUCUCAUUCAUGUCUUUCCCCCAAAACCCUAGACCACCAAUCUCCACUCAUCAUCUCCCUCCAAACCCUCCUCCACUUCCUCCAUUCAAUGGCCGCUUCAAAAUCCAUCACAGAACCACUAGCAUUCUACGCCAACCACUGCCAAAUCGUAAAUUCUCGAUCCGAGCUUCAAUCAAGGAAGGUUUGGAAUCCUCGUCGAACACUACAUUGAUCAUCGUUAGCUCUGUAAUCACCGUAAUACUAGCCGUCGCGAAUCGAGUGCUCUACAAACUCGCCCUUGUUCCCAUGAAGGACUACCCUUUUUUUUUGGCUCAGCUCACCACUUUCGGGUAUGUGGCUAUUUAUUUUUCUAUACUCUACGUAAGAUAUCGUGCGGGGAUUGUUACUGAUGAAAUGAUGGCCAUUCCCAAAUCACCCUUUAUAGUGAUUGGUAUUCUAGAGGCCCUUGGAGUUGCAGCUGGAAUGUCUUCUGGAGUUACAUGCCUAAGACCAGGAUCUGUUGAAUCCUCACUUAGGACUCAUGGAAUGACAUUUUUGGUGUGGCAGUUGGCCUUUUCUGUCCUUCUCCUGGGGAGAAAGUACUCCUGGAAUAGGAUUGCUGGCUGCUUACUUGUUGCUGCUGGAGUAGUUGUAGCAGUUGCAAGUGGGUCAGACACCGGCCAAAUGCUAUCGGGAAUUGGAUUUGUGUGGCCAGUGUUAAUGAUUGUUUCAAGUGCUUUUCAAGCUGGUGCAUCUAUUCUCAAGGAAUCUGUCUUCAUUGAUGCUGCAAACCGCCUCAAGGGAAAGUUGCUCGACAUAUUUGUUGUAAAUUCAUUUGGAUCUGGAUUUCAGGCUCUGUUUGUGUUUCUCUUUCUGCCUUUCCUGUCAAGCUUGAAAGGCAUACCAUUUUCCCUACUGCCUACGUACAUAAAGAGUGGAGCCGGUUGCUUUUUCAAUAUUGGAGCCCAUACUCUAGGCUGUGAAGGAGCUCCAUUAUUACCCCUACUUUAUAUGGUUACCAAUAUAGCAUUCAACAUAUCAGCCCUCCAUCUACUUAAGAUUUCCUCUGCAGUUGUAUCUUCUCUUAAUUCAAUGUCAUCAGUGCCAAUUUCAAUUUAUAUUCUUUCCCUUCCAUUGCCCUACCUUCCUGAAGGUGUAAGCUUGAGUCCCUUCUUCCUCAUUGGCAGUAUGAUUCUUGUGGUUGGUCUCAUUCUUUACAACAUACCUCAGCCUCUGAAGCUAGACUCUGAAAUUGAAUAACAAUUACUAUGGCAUUUUAUAUUCUUCUGUUGUAAAUACUGAAUUCAUUGUGUUCUCUUUAAUGGAUACAUUUGUGUACGACAAAUCCUUCCAACUCAUUGUUAGGGGUUUACAUUAGCCGAACCCGUCUACUUUACUAGAAGGCUACAGGUUUGAAUUUCCCUCCCUCCUCCAAUGUACACAUACACACACACAAAAUGGAUUGUCGUAAAUUUUAAAAUAAAAUUGUAUCUGGAUUUUGAUUUGUAACUAUUAACAAUAUUUUAUA